AUGGAAAAGGAGGCUUUGCGCAGGGCUCAGCAGGCAUCGCGGGCGGCGUUCCUACGAAAGGAGGCGUCUCAACGUCAAAAGGCAGCCAACACCGUUGUUGAGCAAAAGCUGAGGGACAUCGAGCAAGGCAUCGUCCCGGCAUCUGUGGUCGAGGCGGACUUUUUGCUGCACCGCUCAGCUGAGGUGAAUACAGCGAGCGAGCUGUUUGACGUCGCGCGCCGGCGUCAGGCCCUCGCUGGCGAAGGCGAAGCCUUGGAUCGAUGGGGCGAGCUGGCCGCGGAGCUGCAGAGUCACCCGCACUCAUCCACAUCUCCCACCGAGACAUUUAAGGUUGCAGAGGAGGCGUGCAACAUCCGUGAUGCUGGCGUGGUGUCUGCGCCGGCCUCGGCGGCGGUGGUGGACGCGACAUCACGACCCCUCUCCUCUGCAGGGUAUGUGGCUAUGAGUGAGGCAGAGGUGGCGGAGCGAGUGGCAAAGCACGCCUAUGUGCGGGAGAAGACGUUUACCGAGCUCCAGGAGGAUCGUGCGGCUGCACUGCAAGGCCAAAAGGAGCGACUCCAGCAGCAGCGCAGAAGUCUGCCAAUGUACCAGGCGCGAGAGGAGCUGGUGAAGCUCAUUCGCGACAAUCGCGUGGUGAUCAUUGUGGGUGAGACCGGAUCGGGCAAGACGACGCAGCUGCUCCAGUAUCUCUAUGAGGAGGGUUUCCACCUGGGCCCGAAGGCGCGAGAGCGGCUGCUCACCACCCCGGCAGGGACUGCUGCUUCCUCGAAGGUGAAGGCUGAAGCUAAUAGCGAAGGCGAUCGUGCAAUGGUGGACGAGGAGCAGGAAGAAGAACUCCGACUGAUCUGCACGCAGCCUCGACGAAUUGCUGCGAUUAGCGUUGCAGAACGCGUCGCUCAGGAGGUCGGGUGCCCGUGCGGCAGCGUUGUGGGGUACAAGGUGCGUUUCGAUGACAAGACGGGCCCCCUCACCCGCAUCCUCUUCGUUACAGACGGCAUGAUGCUGAAGGAGUUCACAAACGACCCCGAUCUGUCCUCGGUCGGGGCCAUCAUGGUCGACGAGGCCCACGAGCGUUCUCUGAGCACCGACAUCCUGCUCGGCCUCCUGCGCGACGUCAUUCGCCGCAACCCGAACCUCAAAGUCAUCGUUGCCAGUGCCACCAUCAACGCCGAAAAGUUCAGCGACUUCUUUGAUAAGGCGCCGGUGUUCACCGUGAGCGGACGCACCUACCCAGUGGAGCUCUUCUACUCAGACGAGCCGGUGGCGGACUACGUGACGGAGUCGGCCCAGACGGUGCUGGGCCUGCACCUGUCCAAGCCUCUGCCCGGCGACGUUUUGGUAUUCCUGCCGGGCCAAGACGCGAUCGAGACGUGCGCGGAGACCCUUCAAUCGUACGUGGCCGAGGCGAAGGGCCACCUGCGGCCGCUUCUCAUUCUCCCGAUUUACUCUUCAAUGCCACCAAAGGAGCAGGCCCGCAUCUACGAGCGCACGCCGCCCGGUACGCGCAAGGUGGUGAUCGCGACAAACAUUGCCGAAACGUCCAUCACGAUUGACGGUGCCGUGUACGUGGUGGACUGCGGACUGUGCAAGCAGGACUACUACAACCCGCAGGCGAUGGUGGAGGAGCUGCGGGUGGUGCCGACGUCGCAGGCAAGUGCAACGCAGCGCGCGGGGCGAGCCGGGCGAACGCAGCCAGGUGAAUGCUAUCGCCUCUUCACAGCCUACACCUUCCACAACGAGCUGCCGCCAGAGACGAUACCGGAGAUUUUGCGGUGCUCGAUGAGUGCCGUGGUUCUACAGCUCAAGGCGCUCGGCAUUCACAACCUUCUCCAGUUCGACUUUCUUGAUGCGCCGUCGACGGCAUCGCUGGAGCGAGCGUUAGACCACCUUUUCCUGCUCGGGGCAAUGAAGGCGGAUGGCCGGCUGACUGUCACGGGGCGGCGCAUGGCUGAGUUCCCGCUGGAGCCGUCUCUAAGCAAGUGCCUGAUUCGGGCGUGCGCGCUCGGCUGCGGGCGACACAUGGCCAUGGCAGCCGCCAUGAUCACGCUGGACUCCAUCUUCGUUAACACCCGCGAUGCCAAGGAACGGCAGCACAUCAAGAGCGCCAGAGAGCAUCUUUUUGGCUUUGGUAACGGCGAUGUGACGGGCUACAUCCGGCUCAUGGAGGAGUGGCUGCGCGCGGGCCCGCGUGCUGGCGAGUUUUGCCGCUCCAACUGCAUCAACGCGCGCUCGAUGCUACGCGCACGGGAUGUACUGGACCAGAUUUUGAAGACGUUCGACCGCAUCGGCCUUGAUGUGGAGCGUGUGCCUUCCAAGAGCCGCAACGACGGAAAGUACCUCGACGACGAAGACGAUGCGCUUGAGAAGGCGCUGAGCGCAGCCGCGAAUCAGAUCGACGUGGAGGCCGUUACUAGGGCGCUUCUGUCUGGGUUCUUCUUCAACGUGGCGAAACUAGAGGCGGACAAGUGGUCGUACUUGGUCGUCCGACCGAUGGACACCAGCGUGCCAACUGGGGCGAAGAGGCUGGAGAGCGCGGGCGCAGCAGAAACCUCCGUUGCCGAGAUCCACC